AUGGAUGACCUGGUGGGCCUUAACAACCUGGUGGCCAACACGGCCUACCUGAAGGCUCAGCACCUCGACCGCAGUGAGCUGAGGAAGCACAUGCUCAGCCUCACACUGCCAAGACCAAAGUCCUACGCUCUCCAUGCAGCUGCAGAUAGUAGGUACGAGUCCCUCUGUGAGCAGCAGCCUAUUGGGAGGAUGCUGUUCCAACAGUUUCUCCAGACCUGCAACCCACAGUAUGAGGUUGCAGCUAAGUUCCUGGAGGAGCUGAGCAUCUGGAGCUUUGCGGAAGAUGAAACCAAGGAGAAGGCAAAACGGAGCAUCCUCGCCAAGUUCUGUCAACCUGAGUCUAGGCACUUUCUCUCCUUUCUCACAGGAGAGAAUGCAAAGAGAUGCAAGGAAUUAUCAUGCAAGAAUUUCGAUGAGUCGAUGACGGACCAGUUGAAAGAAGCCUCAAGGGACUUCCUGAAGGGACAACCUUUCUGUGAAUACCUGAACAGCCCUUUCUUUUAUAAGUUCUUGCAAUGGAAGGAGUACGAAAAGCAGAAGAUCAGUGACAAAAACUUCGAUGAAUUUAGGACUUUGGGGAAAGGUGGCUUUGGUGAGGUGCGUGCGGUGCAGGUGAAGCUCACAGGACAAAUGUACGCCUGCAAGAAACUGGACAAGAGGCAUUUGAAGAAGAAAGGCGGAAAUGGGCUUGCUCUCGUGGAGAAGCAGAUCCUGGAGAAGGUCAAUAGCCUCUUCAUCGUCAACCUGGCUUACGCUUAUGCCAACAGGACCCACCUGUGCCUGGUCAUGGACCUCAUGAACGGAGGGGACCUCAGGUUUCACAUCUACGAGCUCGGGGAGCGGGGCAUCCGCAUGGAGCGCGUUGUUUACUACGUGGCCCAGAUAACCAUAGGGAUCCUUCACCUGCACUCCAUGGACAUAGUGUACCGGGACAUGAAGCCUGAGAAUGUGCUGCUGGAUAGUAAAGGACAGUGUCGGCUGUCGGACCUCGGAUUGGCCGUGGAGCUUCCUAAAGGCAAAACGAUCUGCCAGAAGGCUGGUACGACUGGCUACAUGGCUCCUGAGGUUCUGAAGCAGGAGUAUUACAGGACAUCUGUGGACUGGUGGGCUCUGGGCUGCAGCAUCUAUGAGAUGGUGGCUGCCCGUUUGCCUUUUAGAGACUUCAGAGAGAAGGUGCAGAACACCGAGGUGACUCGUCGCACUCUGGAGGACGACUGCAAGUUUGAACACAAACGUUUUGAUGCCGCCACCAAAGAUAUCAUCAGCCACUUCCUCAAGAGGAAGGUAGAGAUUCGUCUCGGGUCUCGUGAUAGCGACCCACGAAACCAUGUGUUUUUCCAGAACAUCAAUUUCCGCCGCUUGGAGGCGGGGCUGGUGGACCCCCCCUGGGUACCAAAGUCCGACGUGGUCUACACCAGGGACACAGACAAGUUCGUGGACACCUCCGAGGUCCAGGACGUUGACUUUGACGCCAGGGACGAAACCUUUUUCAUGGCGUUCAGCACAGGUGCAGUCGCCAUCCAGUGGCAGAAGGAAAUGAUUGAAAGCGGAGUGUUCGACCAGCUGAACGACCUCGGGCCGAAUGGACACAACUGUGGGCGCAUGUGGACGUCCAGGAUGUGCGUCAUAUGUUAG